UGUCAUGCCGGGAUCCUCCUGAUCCUCCUCGCUGGCUCGCGCACAGAGACAAUGUAGUGGAGAGAAGAAGGGGGUCUCCACCGGUGGAGAGAUCUGGGGAUGCGUGGACACGGUUAUGGGUGAUUGACGCAGAACAAGAAUGGGUAUGUGCGCCAAAAGUGGGGAUAAGUGAGUUUCGGGGCCCACAGGAUGGACACUGCGGAGGUAAUUCUCUCUGUGUUGGUGGUUGUGAUUAUUAUAGUGUCGUUGCUGUCCAACGUCCUGGUGCUGAUCUGCUUUCUGUACAACCCGGAGAUCCGCAAGCAGGUCCCCGGUCUGUUCAACCUCAACCUCACCUUCUGCAACCUGUUGCUGACCGUGUCCAACAUGCCGCUCACUUUGGUGGGACUUGUCAGUAAGGCUCAGCCGGGAGGAGACGGCUUCUGCCAGAUCGUGGGCUUCCUGGAGACCUUCCUGUCCACCAACUCGAUGCUGAGCAUGGCAGCGCUGAGCAUCGACAGGUGGAUCGCGGUGGUGUUCCCGCUGAGGUAUCACUCCAAAAUGCGCCAUAAAGACGCGGCUUUUGUGCUCGGGUACACGUGGGCGCACUCCAUGUCCUUCUCCACGGUGGCCACCUGCCUCUCCUGGGUGGGAUACCACCGGAUUUACGCGUCCUGCACCCUGUCCAACCCCAGGGCGAGCGGUCGGACCCAGUUUGUUAUCUUCACCGUCUUUUUCCACUCCUUCACCUUUCUCUUGUCUUUUAUAGUGUUAUGUGUCACAUACCUCAAAGUGCUUAAGGUGGCAAGGUUUCACUGUAAGAGGAUCGACGUUAUUACAAUGCAAACUUUGGUGCUGCUGGUGGAUAUACACCCCAGUGUUCGCCAGCGUUGCCUGGAGGAGCAGAAGAGGCGACGACAGAGAGCGACGAGGAAGAUCAGCACCUUCAUUGGAACCUUCAUGCUCUGCUUCGCUCCCUAUGUGAUCACAAGGAUCGUGGAGUUGUUUCCAGCGGUGCCUAUCAAUCCUCACUGGGGAAUUGUCUCCAAGUGCUUAGCUUAUAGCAAGGCGGCCUGCGACCCCUUCGUGUACUCCCUGCUUCGACGUCAGUACAAGAAGACGUGCACUGACAUCAUCAACAGGCUGCUGAAGCGUAGCUCCAUGAACACGUCCGGGCGCGGACACGAGGGCCAAGGCAACAGCAUACCGACGGUAGAGUGACAGAGAGUGGAAUGAUGGGAUACGGUCUGAGGGUUGACCUGGCAACCGUUGGGGAAACAUGAAGCUGAUAAUUCGUCAAUGAAAGAGAGGACAAAUGUUGGUUGUUGCUGUCCACGUCUGCCUGAAUUUGGUGUGAUAUGCCAAGAAAAGAAAAAAAAAAGAAAAAAAAAGAGCUACGACAGACAAGGGCAAAUCCCCGCACAGGAAUACCACUGUGCUUGCAUACUGCGUGCCCAGAACAGCAGAUCAGUGCAGUGAACUUGCUGUGAGGACAUUCAACAAUGGCAGAUUUCACAUCCAUCUGGGGAGACAGAUGUGCUCACCCAAGAAGAACGGCCAGUUCAUAACCUCAUUAUUUUAACUAGAGUAGCUUUCACCCUGACAUAGAACAUAUUGAUUUUGCAGUAUAUGUUUGUUUUGACAUUGCUGUAGUAUCUGUUCAUAUUAUCUUUAAAAGAGAUGGGAAUGGCUGUAUGUCUGUUUUAGUCUGUGCAAAGUGUUUGCAAGUGACAAGUUAAUACGUUCAUACUGAAAAUUAGCCUAAUCGAAAAGAAAUGUAUGUUGUAUUCCCUAAUUGUAGGCUAUAAAAGAUGAAAACAUACAGGACAGCAGAUAUUGCCGCUGCACAGUCCGGCCCCGGUUUUUUCAGAAUUUAUCGGGUGAAACACACUACCAAUUAAAUUCAUUCUUAGGCUACUUUUAUUUUUUAGUACAUUGCGUUGCAGUAUAAAGGCAAAUGGAGGGAAAAAGCAAGAUUAUGUGUUUCAUGUGCAUAAACACAUUACCAUCGUUUGUGCUUUCAGUACACUUUUUGAAGGACUUACUGACAAGGCCAAGCAGAGUUUUAAUGGGAAACAUGGGGCUUCAAAAAAGGCUGCCUUUGCUGUCAUGACUGACGUGUGCCCCUCAGGUUGUUUAGUCAAGUGGAGCGUGACCGACUGUGCUUGCCGGGGUUGUUAUUGAGAGAGGAGUAAUCUACAGAGACUGCUUCAUGCUUUCUCACACUUUUGGGCAGGAAGGACAGGAAAGGGAAAUGUACAUGAUGUCUUUAUUUAACUUUAGCAAAGUGAUCACAUGAAUUCUAAUGACAUCCUGUGAUAUUCAAUAGCAAUGACAGCCGUCCGUGCAAGGAUACAAACAGUUUUUACAACAAAGCAGCUCUGGAAGCAGGAAUAAUCUUUUUGCUUAAGUCCGUGGUAGAGCUACAGAAAUAGUCUCUGCUUUCUGUUUCUACACAUCUAACACCCAUUGAAUGUGUACCUUCAAUAUUUCUGACAGGCCCUUGAAGGCAGCACCUAAUAAGUUUGGGAA